AUGUUCAAGAGCAUCUCGGAUCGAUUUGGAUCCAUCCUCGUGGCUUUUCUAUCGAUGCAGGGUAUUUGCUCAGCACUUGCAGUUGAGACCAACCGGACUCUGAAUGAAACCAACGCGAGUGAAGAGAAGGAGCUCACUGCCCGGACAAGCGAUGAAUAUACCAUCGUACACAAAUGGAACGGUGGUGACAUUAUCGGAAAGGCUUCGGGAGUUGGCCUUGUGAUUACUGGAACUGUUGGUAUAAUUGUCAGUUGGUAUGGCAACCGACCAGACCCGGAAAAGAUUUGUGGAAAAUCAGCGAUCAUCUCCGUCACGGAAGAUGGAGUGGACUACGAAUAUUACGUGUAUUCAUACACAACCGGCAACAGCUGUGACAGCACCCAGCGAACAAAGACCAUCACCAAGAAGCUCUCCGAUGCAUUCGAUGACUUGCAUUCUCAGGGAGCCUCCGCGGUGUGUCUCGAUUUUGAUCACCACGGUACAUGGCACGGAGUGCUUGGUUUGGCGACGAAGUCUUCAGGAAAAAACCCACAAACUGCUUGCGACGGCCAUCACGCAGGCGCCAAAAGAGGAAACACUGGGUUUCUUGAGCUCGAAGGAAACAGCACUGCUGAAAUCGAAGGAGGGAGCACCACGAAGAGAAAUGAAGACGGACUUGUAAAAAGGACAUCAAUUUCCGUCUCUGAGUCCGAAGUGAAGUCGGGAAGCACCAAGUUCAGCCCCUCCGACAAAUCCCAGGCGGUCAUUGCCGAAAUUUCGGGCAAGAUGUAUUCGCUAAGCAAAGCCGGAAGCUGCGCAGGCAUUUCAGGUACCGUAUCAGACUCCAACGGAGUGAGCAUUACCUAUUACUACUACGCCUCGGGGAGAAACUGUGAUACCACCGCUGAAAUUCAGACGAUUGUGCAUGCUCUUGACGACGCAUGGGAUGGUCUGGGAAGCAUUUCGGCGCUCUGCCUGACAAUGAGGCAUGGAAGAGGCACAUGGCGAGGACACCUGGGUGUUUCUGCGAUGCAAGGCGAUUUCCCUGCCACGCAUUUGUGUUAG